GGAAUGUGAGUGCGUGUUUUGUUUUCCAUUCGUCUUUAUAUUGGAGUCUCUGAGCUUUCUGUUUGGCAUUGAAAAGGAGUAGUACGAACUACGUACCGUUCUUCCAACCCUUUGGUUUCGAUCUGCAGGUUGAAUCCGAAUUACAUACAGCAAUGGGGGAGAACGCUGUAAAAAUGGUGCUGAAGGCUGACCUGCAGUGCUGUCGGUGCCUCAAGAAGGUGAAGAAAAUUCUAUGUAAAAUUCCUGAAAUACAUGACCAGAAAUUCGACGAGAAGAAAAACUUGGUCACGAUCAGUGUUGUAUCCUGCUAUCCUGAAAAGAUUAAGCAAAAACUUAUACGCAAGAGUGGAGGUUGCAUUGAGGUUAUUGACGUUAUAUACCCUAAACCUAUACCGGGGCCUCCAGGGCCUAAGGGAGAUCCCGGGCCUCCUGGGCCUCCAGGGCCUAAGGGAGAUCCCGGGCCUCCAGGGCCUCCUGGGCCUAAGGGAGAACGUGGGCCUAAGGGAGAACCUGGGCCACCAGGGCCUGUGGGACCAUGUGGGCCAAUCGGGCCUCCGGGACCAAAGGUAUGUUUUCCGCCCAUUUUUCCAUUCCCCCCAUGUCGCUGGAGUUGCGGUACUUCGAGUUCGAGCUGCAAUUGUCAAGGGAUACCCGUAUGUUCGAGGCCACCGCCACCGUGUCCUAGUGAUUGUUAUAAGCCUUGUUACGUGAACCGUUAUGAGUACUGCAGUGAAGGAGAUUCCUCAGGAUGCACAUCCAUGUAAAUGUUUGGUUCCGUACGUCGUUGCACACCUCCAUGCUGAUUUGUUCAAGUUGACAGAGCUUUGCAUGCAUCUCCAAGUCUCUCUUCCUUCGAAAUCUAUUAUGCUUCGCAUGGGUAAAUUUCGACCAUUGUUGUGUUUAAUAAAUUUAAAUCUAUAGUUUCCUUCAUUUUCGGAACUGGAGUUGAUCAAAGGUGGUGGGGAAAGCAUAUUAUGAUCAUGGGGUUUGCGUAGUGGUCUGCAGAAUGUAAUGUUUACUUGGUAUGAAGUAUGCUUUAUGUGGUUUGUAUGCUCUGUGCUCUUUGGUCUAUGUAUUGUGGUCUCUAUGGUCAGUAGGUCUGUUUUCAACAUUAAUAAACAUGAGUUGUGUUCCAAAAA